GGUGGGUGAGCAACAGACUGAAACACGACCGUUGGAUGAGGAAGUAACAAUGGUGAGCACAUGGGUGUGGUUGGCUUGCACCCACCCCAUCAGCCUGUCACAAGGGAAGCCGUGUGGAUGAUGAGACUGUGGAUGGAUCUCAGGACUUGGGGACCGCACAGGAUGGAUACUAAGAUUUUUUCAGCUUCCCUGGCUUUUUUCCUGUUUGCCACGUUAAAUGUGGCAACAGCUCAGGCUCCCACAACCUCAGAUGAAAAGGAGCCUCUGAACAGCCAUAUGACCAUCUCAACAGCAGCGCCCACUUCUGCCACUGGAAGAAGAUUAGAAAGCAGGGUAACUCGAGACGCUGACUCUUCACCAGAAACUUCCCCUGUUGCAAAAACCACAGGUUUUAACAUGAACAGUGACAGCACAGUGAACGUCAUCACUACCACAUCAGUGACAAACACAUCAAGAGGUUCUAAAGAGGAAACAACCAAACUCCAACCAAAUACGACAUCCCGCAAAGUGACACCAGCCCCACCUGUAUUUGAGACAACCACCAUAAAGAAGAUCUAUCUUCCUGUUGCCUGGGAUCCAGCAUGGGACCAGGGUUUCACCUACGAUUACGAGUCCCUUCGCCACAUCGGACUGUCCAUUGCUGCAGUGCUCUUCAUCAUAGGCAUAAUGGUCAUUGGCUGUGGAAAAGUCUGCCGGAUUCCUAAGUGUCAUAAGAGGUCAUCAAAGUCAUAUCGAGUGGUCCAAGGCGAAGGAGAGAAAAUGUGAACAGUGAUAAAAGGAUGAAGCUGAAAUGUAACAUCAGGCAAACACUUAGGAGUGUCUUAGAAACACAGUGAAUAAACAGAAAAAGAAACAUCAUUUAUGCUGACAGGAGAAAAUCUGGCACUGAUGGUUUAAUGUUCAAUGUUACUACUGUAGUAAAACUUGGUAGAAAUACACUAAGAAAUAAGGUGACUAUUUAUGAACAGUGAAAACUAUAAGGACAAAAUCAACAUAAAUCACAUGGGACAGUCAGCAAGUGUUGCCAGAGCAUCUUCAGCACACCUUGGGAUGGAUUCUAUCACCUGGAAAAUGGAUCAGAACUGUUCUUCCAGAGGAUAUUCCCUUCAUUUUGUAUUUGGAUGAUGGCGAUGUUGAACAUAUCCAUCUAAAUCUCCCACAGGUGUUAAAUGAGGCUGAGAUUUUGUGACUGUUAAACCAUAUGAGUCACAUCAUUUUCAGAGUUAUCGAACCGUUGAGUGAACUCAUGCCCGAUGGAUGUGGGCUUUACUGUCGAGAAAGCGUCCACACCCUUAGGAUUAUUCCUUAAUUUGUCACUCAUCUGUGUCUUGACACUUUAUGAGAUGAAUCACACUGUAAUCAUACCCUUGGCUACGAAGCAGGUUUGUUUCUAAUGACCUUUGUACUGUAUCACAUGUUAACACGACCAUACAACAGUCACGUAGCUAGGAUUACUAUUAAAUAUUGUGACAAAUGAACUCAUCUACAGUAUGUCCUAUAUUCAAUGGUCUCACACAGUAUGUAUGUUCUAGAAGGAACUAAAAAUAAAGCUGGGUCACUUCCUCUUCCUGAUAGUUACUGCACGCUCUUUACAGUUUCAAUCUCAACAAAAACACGAUGUUUUGUAAGCAGUGUCUAAGCCUCUUAGUUGUUCCAUGCUUGUAAGUGAGAAAAGCCCAAGAUUAAAUGAGAUCCACUGGA